AAGACACUGUCGAUAAUGAGUCUCCAUUGAAGGGAACGUGGAUGGGCCGUGUGGACCUUAUUGGAACGUGGCCCAAGUGCUGUUGCUAGGAGGCGCUAUUGGAGCCCGGAAGAGUUGAACAUGGUGAUGAUGGCCAAACCGAGAUUGAGAGGAGAAACAUAAGGUUCAUUUUCUUACCACACUUUCUUGUUUCCCUGCGACAUUUGUGCGUGUGUAGCACUCGUCUUCGGGAGAAAGCAAAGGACAAAUCACUUUUCUUCUUUUGUGAAGCGGGGUGACGAGACUACAUGGUGUGUGUCUCCCAUUCAGAGUGUGGAUGUGUGGGUGUCCAGAGAUGGAAAGCUAUGAGGAGUUCUGUCUGCGGAGUUUGGCCACACUGCAGCAGCGUUUGGAAUUCAAGAAAACGACAUGUGAGCCAUUGUGGUCCCCGAUGGCUCACUCUGUCAUCUGCUUCCAUGGAAGAGCUGUACUUUCGCCUCUGUUGAGUGCAGACCAGCGCAGUGAGAUGUGUGACCACAGACGGAGGGCGGUCCAGCUGGAGGAGAACAGACAGAACCAGCAGAGGAGCAACCUUUUGGCCCGGGUUCAGGACAUACUGGGCCAAGCUCAGGCACAUAAAGCACCAAGUGAAGAGGUUCAAAAGCCACCAGUUUUUAAAUCUGCAACAGUCAGUGGCUACACCCUGGUCACUGACUCUCCUGGACUUCCCAGAGACUCUGGAUUUGGGCUUCAGAUAACUGAUCAGUCUACCACUCCACCCUCUGAGACCCCCAUUCUCAAUGGCUGCAAGGCAGUGGAAGAAAUAAAGGUGGAGCGUGAGCAGAAGAGUGAGGAGGAAGAGGAAGAGGAAGAGGAAGAGGAGGAGGAGGACAUUAGUUUGGACAGCCUCCUUAAGAGAUCAAGGGAGUAUGUGAAGAGAGAACAGAGUCAGCAGGGCUCAAAAGCUGUCCAAACAGUCACCAGGACCCCCCCGCCUGAGACUGCCUCUGACACAGGGAACAAGAGCUGCAGUCCCGUGGUGGACACAGGCAUUGAGUUUGGCUUCAGUCUUCACCAUAGCCCUAUUGGCACACCUCAGACCCAAAUCCAGCCUCAAACUCUGUAUGACUCUAGUCUCCAGCAUUCUGACACCUUCUCACCAAGUCUGCCUGACCGGUAUGCUCGUCUCCCCAGUCCAGAGUCUAGCAUUAGUCCCCAUCCACAGAGACGCAGGCCACGCCCAGUUUCUACAGGGAACAUUCAUUUUUCGUUUCCUAUCGGCCCAGCAGACCUUAUCCCCCGAAGCCCAGGAAGGUCAGGGGAAAGUCCUGGCAUGGCUGAUAAAGGAGAAUCUCUCCCAGGGAUCACAAAGUCUGAUCCCUGGAGCUCAAUGGGGAGUGAAGGUGCAGGUGGUGUCAGCAGGAGUAGUAAUCGACGAUCCAGCCACUGUGGUACUAGUCCCAUGCAGGAGAUCUGUAGCCCCAUCGGUGCCUCAGGACUUAGCCCGAAGGGGCACCAUGAGCAUCUGGCUGCAGGAUUUCGCAGACGCUGCCACACCCUGGACAGUCAGGUGCAUAGGUCAAACUCUGGAGUUGAGCACAUAGACCGCAGCCAGGAAAGGGUUCCUCGAUUCAUGGCAGGGGUUACAUGGAUGGCUCCAAGUCGGUGCAUCCCUGCAGCCCCCUUAAACCAGUCGUAUGAGAUAGAGAGUCCCUCACCAUGUCUGCUGAGGCCCCGCGUAACUCCUGACUUGGCUCAGGUCGCAAUCAGGAUGGAGCCUGAUGACCCUCAAGAGACAAACAAUGGAAGGAUCACACCAACGGUCUUCAGAAAUGCUGAGGGACAGUUCAGCAAGACAGAGGAGACCCAGAGGCGAGCGCAGGCUCUGGAGGACAUGCAAAGGCGUCUGGAGGAGGAGCAUGCCUUGCAGAUGUCGCUGCUACUGGCUGAGCAGGAGAAAGAACAACAGUGCCUCCGUCUGGAGCUCGAGGAGGCAGAGAGAAAGCUGAAGGAGCAGGGCCGUGUGCGGCCUUCGGCUGCGGAUGCUUGUGGGUGGACUUCUAGGUCUGUGAAUGACAGCUGUCCUGUUGUGAGCCCCUCCUGCCCAAGACUAAGCCCUGCCCAUACACCAUCUGAGCGAUCGCCUGGACACAGCAAAGGUUUUCCCAGUCCUUUAUGUUCCAAUGUGUCAUCUCCCUCCGUCCAGCCUCCUGUCUAUCUGUGGGAGCCCACAUGGGUAAUUAACAAACCUCGAGCGAGGCUAAGUCUGGUUCUGACAACAGAGCAGCAAAGAGCCUUCUGUCGAAUUGGUGCUAUCAUUCGUGGCUUCCUCACACGCAGACUGCUCAAAACAGAGAAAGUCAAACACCUGCGCCAGACCAUCGUGGAUACACAAGAGUUCAUCCGUUCGUUCCAGACUGAAGCUCUACAGAAGAGAGCCACCCACUCAGCACAAGAUCGCUCCCUGCAGGAGAGAGUUAGAGCCCAACUUCGUGCAGCCCUUUAUGACAUCCAUGACAUCUUCUUUGAGAUGCCUCUGGGGGAUCGUUUGGCAUUGUUGCAGCAGGACAGGGAGCUUCGAGCAGAGCGGAAGCUACGUGGCAUGGAGAAAGCUAAGUGCCCCAAGGAGAGAGUGGUUCUCUCUGCUGCCACACAGAGGUCUCUGGACAGGAAAAAGAGGGUCGGCGAAUCCCCAGCACAGGCAAGGAAGAUGCAGAAGCCAAAGAGCCCCACUAUCAACAGAGUCCUAAAGCCAAGCCAAGGCCAAACUUCAGGCCAGCUGAACCGCCAGGGGAGCUGGUACAGAAGAACACCAGAGGAGCGAGUGAGGCGCACAGACAGCCUGAAGAAACAGCACUCUCUCGGCUGAGAGGUGACUCAACAUCCCUUGACAUAUGAACUUGAAUGUUUAGUCUAUGAAUACAAGCCCUGCACCACUGAAACCCCAGGCAGCGCUGUUGAUGAAAUGAUUGUCUUUAGUCUGCCCUCUGAAAUUCAAAUGAUUGUUUUCACUGCUACACUUUAUCUCAUUAAUGUACACCGUCAAAUUGCCAUUGUUGCUGACUGUUGUAGCUUGCUAAAAUAGUUUUUAGUAGCAACAACUGAUUGUUAUACACAAAAUUCACAUGUAGCUUGAUAUGGAAUAUCAAUGACUAUGUUGGUACAUUUUAAAUUUUUUUUUUGGAAGGGUAUCUGGACUUAAAUGCAAGCUAGAAAAAGGUCAGAGUUAGGAAAAAUAAGUCCAAAACUUUAUCUGUGCCUAAGAACUAUGCCUUUGCUGUCUGUAGUAUUUUAGUAUGUAUAUAUUCAUCAUUUGUGUUCAAAAACAUCUAGUGCUUAUAACGGUCAGAAAAUGUGCAGGCAUCUGUUUUAUGCUGAUACUUAUAUAAUGUAGUUGUCAUAAAAAUAUGUAUCAUAAAGUUUUUUGUUCAAGGGCUUAGAGUACCUGCUUGUGCUUUAUUUCUUUAUUCAAAGGUGCUGAGUUUACAAUGCUCUGAGACAUUUCAGUGUGUUUCAACAUUUGGCUUAAAUCAGUGCCGAAUGGGGAAAAACUCUAAAUGUACUUGUUUACUGACACAUCACUACACUGCUCCGGUAUGCUAUUACGUACAAUUAACUUCACUUAAUAGGAAAUGCAUAGCAGGCACUCAGCUGGAGUUUCCACUGGAAAAGGAAUACCCACAACCACUUGUUUACUGCAAUACCACUUUGACUUUAUACUUCUGCAUCAGUAGUAUUCAGUGUGUUGAUGUUUGCUGACAUUGUGAUGCUCUUUAAAUAUGUUUUUUUUUUUUAUUUAUAAUGCCAAAUUGUCAUGUUUUCUAUGACUAGAAUAAAUUCUGAAAUUAUC